AUGAGAGACUGUGCACCUAGCGAAAACCUAAUCCAGCCAGUUAAUGCUUCCAGAGAAGCUGGGGAUGUUGAUUCAACAGGUGAUUCAAUCAACAAUUUUAUGAGAAGACUACCAGGGAAGCCUAUUCCCUAUAUUACAAGUAUUUUGGCUCAAAUCACAGUCAAAUUGUUAACUUGUAUUUAUGUAGUAUUUGCGGCAUUGGGGAGAUUUUUUAUGGUUCGCUCUGUAGACAACCAACCAAGAAACAAUGGGAGAACUCAAUCAUCACAGUCCAAUUUCCAGGAACAUUUACUUACUCCGGCAAUAAAAGAGCCACUUUGGCAAAGGUUGCAGAAUCUAGAGGCAGUGGUUAGUGAAAUGGCCAAUAAACCUAAAUCAAUUCCUCCUGAAAAAGAGGAUAUUCUUCAAGAAUCAUUAAGUCGUAUAAAAUGUAUAGAAUAUGACUUACAGAAAACAAAGAAGGCCCUGAUAGCAACUGCUUCAAAGCAAGUUGAGCUUGCUGAGUCAUUGGAAAGCUUAAAGGAGGGUAGAUUUGAUGGGACAAACUCAUGUUGGCCUAAAAAUAGAAGUUAUGGCCCAGGAAGAUGA